CUGGAACGCUCAGAGCCCGAGUAAAGCUGCGAUUGGCGGGGCGGCGCCUAUUUGUUACACUCGCAAUCAGCAUCCUAUUGCCCGCAGAGCGUUCCGGGCCCGCCCCGGGGAACACCUGCUGCUGCUCCGAAGUUCCCCAGGCCCGUCCUUUGGGAUCUGCCGCCCGGGACUAUUAUCGCACUUUCCAGGCAACUCUGACCUCCCCGCCUGCCGUCGAGUUUCCCGGGGCGCCCGACUCAGCCAGCCUUAAGGGACGAGAGCAUGAUGGACAACGGGGGAGGGAGCGAGCUUCUGCCCCGGCUGUGCUGCCCGGAGAAGGGGCCGAACGGCUACGGCUUCCACCUGCACGGGGAGAAAGGCAAAGUGGGCCAGUUCAUCCGGCUCGUGGAGCCCGAUUCCCCGGCCGAGAAGUCCGGGCUGCGGGCCGGGGACCGCCUGGUGGAGGUGAACGGCGACAACGUGGAGAAGGAGAGCCACCAGCAAGUGGUGAACCGCAUCCGAGGCUCGCCGGGUUCCGUGCGCCUGCUGGUGGUGGACUCCGCGACGGACGAGCGACUGCAGAAGCUGGGCCUCGAGUGCACCGAAGACCUGGUCCGGGGGCUUCCCGACGAGAAGUUGGAGGAGGCGAAGAGCGGCGGCCAGGAGCCGCGGGAGGCUGCCCAGCGGGAGCCGGACGUGGCGGAGGAAGAUAAGAAGAAGAAAGCGGACGGGGAGGAGGAGAAGGAGGAGGCGAACCACGCUGCCCAGCGGAAAGAGUUGCGGCCUCGCCUCUGCCGGAUGAAGAAGGGCCCCAAUGGGUAUGGAUUCAAUCUCCACAGCGACAAGGCCAAGCCGGGCCAGUAUGUACGAGCGGUGGAUCCAGAUUCGCCAGCCGAAGCCUCGGGACUCCUGCCUCAAGACCGCAUUAUACAGGUGAACGGGGUGUGCAUGGAAGGCAAGCAACACUCAGACGUCGUUUCGGCCAUAAGAUCUGGUGGAGAUGAGACUGAGCUGCUAGUGGUGGAUAGCUUAGCGGACGAGUUUUUCAAGAAGUGCAAUGUCAUCCCUUCUGAAGCACAUCUGAAAGGUCCCUUGCCAGAAGCAGUUGCCAAUGGUGAUGUGGAGAAGGAGAUCAUCCGAGAUGACCAGCCUGAGCCUGUCUUGGAAAGUCCGUCAAGCCCUGAGCCUGUGUCUCCUUCUCCGAUUCUGAACGAACUUCACAAUGAGUCACCCUUGCAGCUCAACUCUCAAGAGAAGGGGGAGAAGCACAGCUCCGUAUCCGAUCCAGUUCUUGACCUGGACAUCCCACUGGCCGUGGCCAAGGAGCGAGCUCACCAAAAACGCACCAGCAAAAGGGCGCCGCAGAUGGACUGGAGCAAGAAAAACGAACUCUUCAGCAACCUGUGAAGUAUCCCAUCCCGCAAGCCGGGAGGAGGUGGUGCAGGGGCAAGGCCCAGCCAACCUGGCCAGCUUUUUCUCCUGCCCCUCCCAUUUUUUUCCCUGGAGGAGGGGGUUAUUCCCCACCACCACCCACUCCCCUCUUCCCCUCUCUUUGCCAGGGGGACAGGGGCAGGAUCUUACACUGUCCUCUGUAAUCUGAAGAAAAACAAAAUGGCAUCAUGACUACUCCUGCACAAUUCUGGAGAAGCAAUUAUAUUUUUUAAAAAAGAGAAUGACGAGACACUUUUAUACACUGUCUAUAAAUAGCUGAGUAAGUUCCAUGUGAGUUUGUGGUGAGGGUUUCUGUGAGCCUGAAACUAAUGUGGUGUCCAUAUUGAGCCCAUGGAGGGGGUGGAGGGAGAGCAUACUAUGGCCCGUUAGGUCUGGGGAGAAACAUGCUGAUCUUUUUGUCCCCCCCACCCCCCAAUUCAGUUGGAUUUUUAGUGGGAAACAUGUUCACAAUAAGGUUUUUGAGGUUGCCAGGGUUGGGAAUUGAGGAGAAAAGCUUGUGGUGCUUAGCCCUUCCUAAUUUUGAAGUGGUUUCUGAAACCAGCCACCUAAAACCAAUAGGCCCAUGUAGGUUCUCCUUGCAGAGAUAUCCUAUUGGGUGCUGACAUGAGCCAUUCAUUAACAUUGAGUGCUUAAAACCCUAAUUUUGCCUUCCAACAGCCAUUGGGUGGGUGGAUGGGGGUUGUGAGCCCAUGUCCUCGCCUCUUCACAAGGAACCGUUUUCCUUUGACUGGAAUGUCUGUCCCUGACACUCCAUUUUUAUUUUUAUUUUUAAAAAGAAUUUUCUUUAAAGCAACCAAUGGCAAAAGUGUCUAUGGGGCAAGACCCAUGAACUUGUUGCACCACUUCCUGUAUGUAUUUCAAAGCUUUCUGAUGGGAACCCUUGGAAACUGCUCUGACUGGAAUCCUGUGGGGGUGGUGUGGUUCUUGUUUUGGCUGAGAGGGGGGAAUCUUCUGGUCUAAUACAGCAACUGAAAGCAGCCAGGAAAUAAUAUCCUGUGUUCAACUCUCAUUCCUGGAGAUGGAGCCAAUCAGGGUUUUUUUUUAUGAUAAUGCUUAAUUAACAGUUUAUAUAUAAACUGUUUCAUUUUCUGGAAUGUUUUCUAAUUAUAGCUCUCUUUCUCCUCUGUCUAUUGUGUAUGUUAUGGAAAUUAUUCCUCCUCUACGGAUGUGUUUUCUUGUUUUCCUUGAUUGUUUGUUAUGAAAAAUGCAAGAGAAGAAGAAAAAAAAGAACCCUGUUUACCAGAAUGGGAAAAAAGUCA